GUUUUUGUUGUCUGCUGCUACUGACAAUUUGUGUUAGAGAAGGAAAAAAACAGACCAAGAAGGAUGAAAAAGUUUCUGUUUAAUGAGAUCAAGAGGGAGGACCUCAAGAUCGGAGAUCACAUUUACACGUGGCGACACGGCUAUCUUUACGCCCACCAUGGAAUAUAUGCUCGUGAUGGGAUAGUGAUCCAUUUCACCCCUGCAGCUGGUCGGGAGUUAGGAACAGGAACAUUCAUCGAUCGUGUCAUCUUCAGCUCAUCUCCCUCUCGUCGCUCUGAAUCCGAAUGUCCAAGAUGUGGUGAUCAUCCAAGGAACGAUGGGGUCAUCUCUUCAUGCCUGGAAUGCUUCCUCUCUGGUGGUAAACUAUACCGUUUUCGUUAUGGUGCCUCACCAGGACUCUUUGUUGCCCAAGUUCGAGGAACGUGCACUUUUGCCCGUUCUGAUCCCUGCAAGGAUGUCCUCCUCCGUGCUGAAACUCUUCUCAAUAACGGUUUUGGAAACUAUAACCUUUUCAAGAACAACUGUGAGGAUUUCGCGAUCUACUGCAAGACUGGUUAUCUGUACUUCAGGACAGGUGGCAUAGGGCGCAGUGGUCAGGCAGCGUCAUUCGCUGCAGCAGCUAGUGCACUAGCUUCAGCACCGGUGCGCCUCAUGCCUACUACCGGUCUUGCAGCUGUUGGCUGGGGAAUUUACUGUGCCAACAGGUUUUUUUCUGAUAUCGGAGUUCGCAGGGACGUGAUGAAAAUACCUGCAGAUAGGCUUGUUUCGCGCAAUCGACUUAUAAGUGUCUGAUCUGAACCUGCAUUACUCAUCAAGAUGGUUUCUUGGGACCAAAUUUUGAAUGUGUUUUAAGCAAGACUUGUUGACAUGAACUACAUGUGAUUUUUUCCUCUUUAUUGGCAUCUAUCUUGAAGAAAACUUACGUUG